GGGCGGAGUCCUGCGCUGACGCGCUGGUUGUCAUAGAAACAGGACGGCAUCAGCUGGAGAAAAGCAGAGACCCCGGAACCGGCCCAUGUCACCCCGGGGAUCGGGUGGUGGUGGAUACCAGAUUCAGCCUGUCGGGGCACUCCUCCUGGCACCACGCCCAGCUGUAACAGGCCAGUGUGUGGGGGCACCUCACCUGGCACCAUAUCCGACUGUGACCUGCCUGGCACCACACAAACCACUGACAGGCCUCUGAUAGUCCUGCUGAGUCUGCAGGAUGUUGCCGGGCUCUAUCCAGAUGUCGGGGGAGACCCUGUCUGGGGCGGAGGUGAAGGGGGUAUGUGAGGGGCUGACAGAGGGCUCAGUACGGCUUCUCUCCCUACGUGGGUGCCUCCUCUCAGACAGGGACUUUGCCCGGCUGUGUCAGGGGGUGGCUCAGUCUCCCUCCUUGGUUCAGUUGAACCUUAACUUGGGUGUGGUGUCCAGUGCCUCCCGCGUCCAGCAGCUGGCACAGUCCCUGCAAAAGAACCGCUCGCUGCAGUCCCUCUUCCUACAUGGGAACCCACUGACAGACACGGGACUCGCCCUUCUGAACCCGGCACUGACGGGACACCCUUCCCUGGUCUCCCUAGACCUCGGGGACUGUCUGCUUGGCGAUGAGGGCAUCGGUCUGAUCUGUAGCCUCCUCCCCCCUGAUGGAGCCAAACCAGGACUUCGUGAACUGACCCUCUCCGCUAAUCCAGCCAUCACCUGCACUGGAUGGGCCCGUCUGGCGGUUGCUGUGGCUCACAGUUCUCAAGUGAGAACCCUGAACCUGGACUACAACCCACUGGGUGACCACAUCGCCUCUAUGCUGGCUGUGUGUGUGGCCUCCAGCCGGACUCUGGAAAUUCUGGAUUUGGAAGGCACGGGCCUCAGCAAUUUGUCUGCACAGAUCCUGCUGGACAUGAUCCAGAACUAUCCGACACCACUGAGGACUCUGGUCCUGUCUGAGAACAACAUCAGCGUGGAGCUGCAGCAGCAGAUCGCUGACCUUCUCUCCGAAGGGGACGACGAGGAUGAGAGUGAUGGUCCCGGGCAGGAGCCCCCUAUCAGGGAGAAGGGGCUGAAGAGCAAUCUAGGUCCCGGACAGCACAGAGUCCUCCUAACCUCUGGUCUGGGGGACAGCCUCCUCGCUGAGACAGAGAUGUGAGCACACUGACACGACAUGGCACUUAUUCAGGAUAACCCGAAUCCUGGCAUCCUGAACGGCUGCACAUCUGAGGACACGGCUAUCCUCUUCACAUAUUGCACAGAUCAGGAGAACACAGGAAGAUUUUAUUUAUUGAUGGUGUGUGUGUGUCCUGGGAAAGUGGUUCCUGGGAAAAUGACAGGGUUCAGAUAUAAAUGAUAUAUAAAUACAGAAUAUAUACAUAUGAAUCUGCACAGGGGAACAAACCCGGCACUUUAUCACUGGCACAAACUGCUGAUCUCAACCACUCGGGGGGGCAGCUAUGCCUGAGUCUGGGAAGGGAGGGGGAGUGGUGGGCACUGCAUGGGGCGGAGCUCGUCCACUGUUCAAGCACAAGCAGCUCAAUAAAGUUUGUUGUGAAGAAGUAA